AUGGAGAUCGUCUUUGCAGAUCAUUCAGUAUUUCCCUACCUGGAGGACCUUUCCUGGUUGUUCAUUGUGGUUUCCAUGAGCCAGGACAUCCCUUGGGAGACUUGGAAUUCCUUUGGAGAUUUUUUUCCCCUCAUGGGUAAACCCAGGGAGGAAAAGCUCCUGGGAACAACCAGUCCUGAGCUCCAAGAGGUCUUUGAUCGCCUCUAUUUGAUUUAUACUGUUGGAUACUCCAUCUCCCUGGGAUCCCUCACAGUUGCUGUCCUUAUCCUGGGAUAUUUCAGACGUUUGCACUGCACUAGGAACUACAUCCACAUGCACCUGUUUGUGUCCUUCAUGCUGAGAGCCGUCAGCAUCUUCGUGAAGGACGCGGUCCUGUACUCCGGGUCAGCCCUGGAGGAGAUGGAGCGGAUCUCCGAGGAAGACUUGAAAUCCAUCACGGAAGCACCUCCAGCAGAUAAAUCGCAGUUUGUGGGCUGUAAAGUAGCUGUCACCUUCUUCCUCUACUUCCUGGCAACCAAUUACUACUGGAUCCUGGUGGAAGGGCUCUAUCUCCACAGCCUCAUCUUCAUGGCAUUUUUCUCAGAGAAGAAAUAUCUUUGGGGAUUCACAUUAUUUGGCUGGGGACUCCCUGCUGUGUUUGUCACAGUGUGGGCCAGCGUCAGAGCCACUCUGGCCGACACAGAGUGUUGGGACUUGAGUGCUGGCAAUUUAAAGUGGAUUAUUCAGGUGCCCAUCCUGGCAGCUAUCGUGGUAAAUUUUAUUCUCUUUAUCAAUAUUAUCAGAGUCCUUGCAACCAAGCUCCGAGAGACGAAUGCAGGGAGGUGCGACUCGAGACAACAGUACAGGAAGCUGCUGAAAUCUACCCUCGUCCUUAUGCCUCUGUUUGGCGUUCACUAUAUUGUUUUCAUGGCUAUGCCAUACACAGACGUGUCAGGGAUUCUUUGGCAAGUUCAAAUGCACUAUGAAAUGCUGUUCAACUCUUUCCAGGGAUUUUUUGUUGCCAUCAUAUACUGUUUUUGCAACGGGGAGGUCCAAGCAGAAAUAAAGAAGUCAUGGAGCAGGUGGACUUUAGCACUUGACUUUAAAAGGAAAGCCCGGAGUGGGAGCACAACCUACAGUUAUGGACCAAUGGUUUCCCACACCAGCAUCACAAACGUAGCCACCAGAGGGGCCCUCGCCCUCCACCUCAACACCAGACUUAUCCCAGGGACCCUCAACGGCCACCGGAAUUUGCCAGGUUAUGUGAAAAACGGCUCCAUUUCCGAGAAUUCCAUGCCUUCCUCCGGCCCAGAGCAGUACAACAAAGAUGAGGAAUACCUGAACGGCUCCGGGCUUUACGACGGAGACAGACCCACAGUCCUUGUGGAAGAGGAGAGAGAGACAGUGAUGUAAAGACGGGAGGAGGGGGGAAAAAAAAUUCAGCCAAAGGAUGAAAAAGGUUCCUGGAGUGGAGCAUUUAGUGGGAAAAGACCAUCAGGCCACGCAGCAGAUUCCAAGGGUUUCCAUGCAGUUUCUCCAUUCUGUGGAAUGAGAGAUUAAGUUAUUUGGGGGGAAAAAAAAAAAGCGAGUCACCGACGUGGCCAGCGGGUGAUCCCAUCCAUGAAUUCCACGACCCAGAGCUCUCCAGACCUGCUGGACACCAGAGAUCCUCGUGGAGGGAUCUGCGUGGUCCUCGGAUUCCUCAGAGAGCAUGGGUGGCCAAGGAGGACGGGAGCGUCCCCCAGGAAAGCGGGAGGCGCGCAGGGAGGGAGUGGUGCCAUCGUCCUGGGAGGGGACAAGCCAGGCUGGGCGCUGGCUUUGGUUUGUUCUCUGCCUGUAAACCUGCCUGGUGACACACACAGGGACGGGAACGGUCACGUGGGGUACGACCCGUCCCGUUCUUCCCUUGGGAAUUCUCACUCCUUGGCAAAAUGCUCCUCUGGGGGUGGGGAGGGUUAACAGCUCAUGGAUGCAGGUGGGGAUGUUCCUCUCUUUUCCCUGAGUUCUGAGAGCAAGGAGGGGAACCAGAACAAUCUGGAUGUGGUUAUGGGAAUGUGCAGCAUUCCUGUUCUUCCAGAGGGGGUGUUGGAGAGGGAACCACCAAGGGCAUGGAAUUUGCACAUCCCAGAGGGGUCUUUGUGGCUAAAAUCGGUUUCCAGGGUGGAUAAGUCAGCCCUCCCUUUUUGUGGGCGCUCCUGGAAAGCGGCUUCAGUCCUUCCUUAAAACUCGGAAUUGUUCCUCACUCUGCCCUCUGAAUGUCCUGUUCCACAGGGUCAUGGAAUCCUGGAAUGGUUUGGGCAGGAAGGGACCUUAAAAGGUCACCUGGUUCCAACCCCUGCCCCGGGCAGGGACACCUCCCACUGUCCCCGGCUGCUCCAAGCCCCGUCCAACCUGGCCUUGGACACUUCCAGGGAUGGAGGAUCCACAGUUUCUCUGGACAAUUAAUCCAAACCCUAAUGAGGAGAAAGACUCCACCAGCAGCAACCAGCUGCUCUUCUGAGGGCUAAUUAAGGGUUAAUUUCCCCAAGCUCUGAAGGAAGCCAGGAAGAGAAGGUGGGAUCCUAACUUUGUGUCCCAAAUCUUUAUCAGCCUCUCAGAUUAGGGCCUGACCAAAUCCCAGUGGAAUCCAGGGAGAAAUCUCCUCCCUCUGACAUGUCUGAGGUUUGGAUUCAGAUUCAAUGGGGGAUGUGGUGGCUGUGAGAUUCUGACAGGAGCUGGAGCUCCUCUCCAUCUAUCCCAGGGCACAGAAUCCCAGAAUCCCUGAGGUUGGAAAAGCCCUCCAAGAUCAUCGAGUCCAAUCCCCAGCAGAGCCCCGA